AUGCCACCAAGAAGCUCACGGAAAGGGAAGAAAGAAUGGCGCAAGAAUGCGAAUACUGGAGGAGUUGAUGAUGCGCUAAACGCAGCGAGAGAUGAAGCUGUUGUCUACGGCAGUGCACUUGAGAAUAAGCCCGAUGAUUCUCUAUUUGCGGUGGAUUUGCAAGGCGAUGCAGAGACCACUAAGCGCAUGAAAAAGGAGAAAUCAGCCAAACCACUCAAAUCUCUCAGCAUUCUUCAACACCGCUCUGCCGUGCCUGCGCCUGCACUCAAACAACACACACGCACAAUCAGCAAAGCAGACAAAGACAGACUCAACACAAUCACAAAGAAGAAAGUAAGUGGUCCACUCGGUGCAACUUUUGCCAGCCAGCAGGGUGACAGUAUAGCCACGCACGGCUUAACGAAAGCUGCGAAAGAGGCUGGUCAAUAUGACCUCUGGGAUGAUGCUGUGGCCGAUAAGAACGAGGACAUGAAGAAGGUCGACGCGGCUGAGGGAUUUGAAGUGGUCGAUUUGAAUAGAAAACCAUCAGUGAGGUUACCCAGUCAUCCACACUACCACACCGGUGUUGAACCAGUCGAAAAACCUCAUGCGGGUCAGAGCUACAACCCUGACAGCAAGAGCCACGAAGAACUCCUCCGGUUGGCUUACGAGAGAGAGCAGCUGCGUAAACUUAAAGCUGACAAGAAUGCUGCUGUACGCAGACGAUACGCACAGAGCAAGAAUGUUGGUGGAAUGGAAUUGGAUGUGCCAGAGAGUGGUGACGAAGAGGAGGAAAGUGAGGAGGGUGAGGAGAGUGACCCGAGUGAGGAGGGUGAUGACAAUUUGCAAGACGACAAGGAAGAAGCAGAAGAUGACGAUGAUGACAAAGACACCUCCUCAGCCACCAUCCGCGACAAAAUGCGUAUCGCCGAUCUCCGUGAAGCAAAGCGUCGUCGCAAGGCAUCUCUCCAGCUCAAGAAAGACAAGGUGGAGCGUGAGCGUACAGCGUUCCUGAAAGCGCAAAAGCACGACAUCUACCAAGCCACUGGAAUAUCCAAAUCACUGGUAAAGAAACUGCGAAAACAACAGGAGAAAGCUGAGGAGAGAAAGUUGGCAGCCGCAGUGAAGGCAAGUGGAGCAGGUGGAUUUGAGGGACGUAAAAUAGGUCGUCAUGUUGUGCCUUCUCAGGAAGUGGAUGUCACUCUUGGUGAAGAUCUCAGCGAAUCUCUUAGAGGUGUUAAGAGCGAGGGUAAUCUCUUCAGAGAUCGCUUCAUGUCGUUACAGAAACGCGCCUUGGUCGAGCCUAGACAGCCUGUCUCCGCUAAACGUAAAUACAAACUCAAGGAGUACGAGACGCCAGCAUUUAGAUUCUGGGAAAAGAGGUAG